GGCAGCCCGGCAGCGGCAGCGGUAGCGGGGCGGCGGCGGCGUCCCCGGAGCGGCGCGGACCAUGCUGCUGGACGCCGGCCCGCAGUUCCCGGCCCUCGGCGUGGGCACCUUCGCCCGGCACCACCACUCGGCCGCGGCGGAGAUGCAGGACCGGGAGCUGAGCCUGGCGGCGCAGAACAGCUUCGUGGAUUCGGCGGCGGCGCACAUGGGCGCCUUCAAGCUCAACGCCGGCGCCCACGACCUCUCCCCGGGGCAGAGCUCGGCUUUCACCUCGCAGGCGCCCGGCUACCCCGCCGCCGCCCUGGGCCCCCACGCUGCCCACGUCGGCUCCUACUCCGGAGCGCCCUUCAACUCCACCCGGGACUUCUUGUUUCGUAGCCGCGGCUUCGGGGACUCGUCGCCGGCCGGCGGGCAGCACGGUAUCUUCGGCCCUGCGGCCGGCAGCCUGCACCACCCGCACACGGACGCUCAGAGCCACCUUCUCUUCCCGGGCAUCCACGACCAGCAUGGCCCCCACGCUUCCCAAAACGUCCUCAACGGGCAGAUGCGCCUGGGUUUGCCGGGGGAGGUGUUCGCCCGGUCGGAUCAGUACCGCCAGGUCUCCAGCCCCAGGACUGACCCGUACUCGGCGGCUCAGCUGCACAACCAGUACGGCCCCAUGAAUAUGAAUAUGGGCAUGAACAUGGCAGCCCACCACCAUCACCACCCAGGUGCCUUUUUCCGCUACAUGCGGCAGCAGUGCAUCAAGCAAGAGCUCAUCUGCAAGUGGAUCGACCCCGAGCAGCUGAACAACCCCAAAAAAAGUUGCAAUAAAACUUUCAGCACCAUGCACGAGUUGGUCACCCACGUCUCGGUGGAGCACGUUGGGGGACCCGAGCAGAGCAACCACGUCUGCUACUGGGAGGAGUGUCCCCGGGAAGGCAAACCCUUCAAAGCCAAAUACAAACUGGUCAAUCAUAUCCGAGUGCACACGGGAGAGAAACCCUUCCCCUGCCCCUUCCCCGGCUGCGGAAAAGUUUUCGCCAGAUCAGAAAACCUCAAAAUUCACAAAAGGACGCACACAGGCGAGAAGCCCUUCCAGUGCGAGUUUGAAGGCUGCGACCGGCGCUUCGCCAACAGCAGCGACCGCAAGAAGCACAUGCACGUCCACACCUCGGACAAGCCCUACCUGUGCAAGAUGUGCGACAAGUCCUACACUCACCCCAGCUCCCUGCGGAAGCACAUGAAGGUGCACGAGUCGUCCCCGCAAGGCUCCGAGUCCUCCCCGGCCGCCAGCUCCGGCUACGAGUCCUCCACCCCCCCGGGGCUGGUGUCCCCUAGCGCCGAGUCGCAGAGCACUAGCAAUCUCUCCCCGGCGGCGGCGGCGGCGGCGGCGGCAGCAGCGGCGGCGGCGGCGGCAGUGUCCGCCGUGCACCGGGGCGGCAGCGGCGGCGGUGGCAGCGGCGGCGGCGGUGGCGGCGGCCACAGCGGCCUAUCCUCCAACUUCAACGAGUGGUACGUGUAGGGCCCCGCAGGACUGCUCUGCACGGCCCCGCAGCGCCCUCCCCUCCCGGCCCCAGUGGCAGCGGCGGCGGCAGAGGGUAGGAGGGAGAAAGCCCGCCGGAGACGCGCUGGGAAAUGCCGCCGCAUCCGCUGGCAGCGAAAUGAGGGCCGAGCAGGAUGGGGACGGGGGUCCUUAUCUCUCCACACCCCUCCCGCCUUCGCGCCUUUUUUCUGUUUUUUUGUUGUUGGAUUUUUUUUCCCUGAAUUUCUUUUUGAGAACAUUUUGAACCAGCAAAAAAAUUUACUCUAAACCUAUCUCCUGAGAAACGCAAGAGAAUGAGUAAAUACAUAGAAGAACGGAAAGGGAAGAGAAAGAGAGA